AUGGACGCCACCUCCCCCGAGCUCGAGCAGGCCCUGCUCGAGUGUGCAAACACCUUUGGCCUGUCAAAACCCGUCAAGUACUGGAAGGACCUGCAGGAUGGCCACCUCCUGUGGGAGAUGCUGAAGCUCCUCGACCCGGACUACUUCACCGGUGACCUGCCCGAGGACGUCCAGAAGACGGGCGAGAGCUGGAUUUCGAGAUGGCAGAACAUGAAAUUCAUCGACAAGGCCAUGACCACCUACCUCCGCGAAGUCGCCAUGAACGAGGGCCUGAUCCGCCUGUUCAAUCCCGACCUGAAGGCCAUCGCAAUCGACAGCGACGUUGCCCAGAGCACCAAGAUGCUCAAGGGCCUGCUCAUGCUCGGCUUCUCAUCCGAAAAGGCGAACCCCGUCCUCACAAACAUCGUUAGCAGGAUGCCACCGACCGAUCAGGGGCACCUCGCCAUCAUGGCCCAGACCAUACACGUAGCCAUGGAGAAGGCCAUGGAGCCCCCGAAGCAGGACGAAUCCGUCGAGGAGGAGAUCACCUCCUCGGAUGGCGAGGCUCGCCCGGACACAAUUCAGCGCGAUCCUGAGCUCGAGCGUGAAGAGCGUCUGAUCAAGGCGAAUCAGGAGAUCAAGCGGCUUCAGACCAAGCUUUCUGAGGCCGUCGAGGACCUCGACGAUGAGCGUAAGAAGAAUGCUCAGCUGGAUGAGGCGCUCGUCGAAGCCAGAGUCCUCCAGGAGACCCGCGGCCGUCGAACUGACGAUGACGAGGUUACCGAGCUUAAGAUUCAGGCAGACAAGGAUCGCGACUAUAUUGCCCAGUUGGAGACGGAUCUGGAGGAGGCCAAGAACCUCAACGAGAGCCAGGGCCGCCAUCUGGAGCGUUUUAGGAGCGACGCUGAGACCAAGCAGGAGCUCCGCGACGAGAACCAGCUGCUCAAGGCUGAGCGUGACGAGCUCCUGCAGAAGACCAAGGGUAUGGAAAACCUUCGCAAGAAGGUCGAGCACCUGCAAGAGCAGGUCAAGGUUCAGCAAGGGCUGCAGCAGCGUCUGCAGUCCUUGACCGAGGACCAGCAGGAGCUUGAUCAGCUCAGGGAGAUGAACGGUCGGCUCAAGACAAUGAACGAGGAGACCAUGCAGACGCUCGCUACCACCGAGGCCGAUCUUUUCGAGGUCAAGCAGACCAAAUCUCGCUUGGAACAAGAACUCAAGGGAGCCAUCGCCCGCGCCGAAUCCGCCACCGCCAUGUCCAACCGCUACCAGGCCGAGAACCAACAGCUCGAAGAGAGACUCCGCGAAGUCGAAGAUCGCUCAACGGGUAUCGAAGGUUUCGGCUCUCUCGCAGAUCAGCUCAAGGAUGACGACAUGGACGCCAAGUCGAUCGCACGCAAGUCGAUCAUCGUCAACACGGACAAUGCCGACGUGGAGCUUCUUCAGCAGAAGAUUGAGCUCCUCACUUCCAGAUGCCAGAGGGUGGAGGAGAAGUAUCUGGACGUCUUCCAGGAGAACCUUGGCCUCCAGGCCGCUCUACAGGAUGAGCAAUCGCUCAAGGAAGGGGACGAUCCGUUUGUUCACCAGACUACCAAGCUGCAUGCUGCCGAGGCUGAGCUCAAGAACCUUACUAACCAGAUCCAUGAGAUCACGGCCAAGAACAUGGAGCUGCAGGCCAAGCUUGCUGAGCAGACUGGAACGGGUAAGAUGGAUGGCGCAUCCAGUGCUGACCACCAGACAUUGAAGGACAACCACGACCAGCUUCUUAGUGCAUAUGACAACCUUCAGAAGCACGCCAAGACGCUUGACAACGAGAUUGACGACUGGAGGGCUCUGCUGCGCCACAAGUUGCUCAAUGCCGACAUUCUCCGCCAGGAGGAUGCCGAAGCACUUCAAGCGAACGAGUUCAAGCUCCUCCAGGAGCAGUUGAUUUUCCACCGCGAAGCUCCGGACGAAGAGGCCGACCAGAUCAAGAUCGCCAUUGCCUCGGACGUCAUCAAGAAGUUGAGCAGCGGUCUGGCCGAUCUUUCAUCUCGCGAUUCGCGCAUCGCGGAUCUGGAGUCGAUGGUCAAGACGUUGAAGACGAACCUAGAGCGCAUAAAGAAGGAGGCGGGCGACAAGGCAUCGGUCGAUGUCCAAAAGGAGCUUCAGGCCCUUCAACGCGAGAACAAACUCAUAAUGAGCGCUUGGUACGAUAUGGCCAACAGGCUCCAGUCAAACACGGUCGUGCUCCAGCGCACCAAGACCGAAACUCCAAAGUCCUGGCUCGGCCGCCAACGCAUGGAGGCCAGCCGCGGCAUUGCCGCCGGCCUGGGAGGUAUUGGCGCGAGUGUAAGUUCCAUCCCCAUUCUCUUUGCUUAA